UACGAGCAUAGUCUGCAAGUGCUGAAGUUAAUUUAAGUUGUUUUGUAUAUACAUAUUUAAUAAAUAAUGCGAAAUUCUACAACACCAACGCACACUCUGAAUUUCCCCGAGCAAUUAGAGUGUUUUGAAUUUUGUAAUAGUGAUUUUGCAUGUAAUUUAGUAGCGCUUGCUAGUCAUAAAAAGAUUAUAUUGGGACUCAUAAAUUUGCCGGAAGAAUCUGGCUGCUUUGAUUGGAAACGUGUGAAGGAUUUGUACCACGAAAGCCGUUGUGUUUCAUUAUGUUUUGCGCCGGAAACUUCAAUGGUAGUAGUGCCGAAAUCGGUUAUAUUUUGCGCUGCAGGUUCAGAUUUUCGUUUGCGUAUAUUUCGCACAGAUUUGCAAAAUUCUGACACUGUUCAAAUACUCAAUGGUCAUAGUAAUUAUAUCAAUGAGGUUAUAUGGGAUUGUAAUGGCGAAUUCCUGGCAUCAGUUGGCGACGAUAACACUUGUCGUAUUUGGGAUACAAAAUCAAAUUUUGAAAAUACUAUAACAUUUCAUUUGCAAUCAGCUGGUAUGUCGGUAAAAUGCCACCCGGAGGAACCACGUAAAGUCGUUGUGGCAGAGAAGAGAGGAGUAAUACAUUUAUACAAUAUCCAAUCACAAGUAGCCAUAAUAUCCGUAGAAGCACAAAAGUCGCCACUAAAAUCAGUGGAUUGGUGUCCAUUAAAUCGAAUGUGCAUAACAGCGCUUGUAGCUGGCGAUAUAAUAUCGUGGGAUUUGCGACGACCAACGCCCAUCGAUAUAAAACAAGUACAUGAAGAUGGUGGACAAAUUGUACGCAUUGCGCCAAAUGCAGAGACUGUGGUAGCAAGUGUUGGACGUCCUGAUGUAGCAGUUAAGGUUUUCACCGCAAAAUCGCGUAUACCCUUAGUUGAUGCCACGCUUAAGCUGUAUGGUGGCUUGUCUUGGCACCAUCGCUUGCCCUAUAUAGGUGUGGCUACAGAUCGUAAAUUAUGCUUAUGGAAGUUGCAAAUUAAAUAAACUACAAAUGUGUUUGUGCUUUGAAAAA